AUGUCAAAAACUAUACGACAAAAAAUUGCUCAUGCUAUUCAAACUAUUCGAUCAUCAUCACAAGAUAAACAAACUUCUACAAAAACAAAAAUUUCAUCUUGUUGUUCAGUAUCAAAACCAAAAGAUUAUGAAUAUAUAUCAUAUGAAUUAAAACAAUCAUCAACAAAUAAUGAUUAUGUCGAUUUAAGUGAAUGUCAUUCAUGGUCUUUAUCUUAUUCAAAAGAUUCAGGAAUAUCAUAUGAUAAAAAUCUAUCAUCAAUAAGUUUAUCAAAUGAAAAUUUUCAUCAAUUUCAAUCAACUCAAAUACAUUCAAAUAAUUCAACAUCUCAUUUAAGUUUAUCUAAUAUAAGUUCAAUUCCAAAUGAUCAAUUAAAUAUAUCAAAUUUUGAUGUUACUGCAUGGUGUACAAUUCCAACAUCAUUUCAAUGUUGUCGUUGUCAUUGUCAUCAUCAUUUUAAUAUAGAUCAUUUACAAAAUCCAACUAAUAAUACUAAUCAUUUAGAUUUUCCACAACAACAUGAAGAAAAACGAACAAAAAAUCAAAUUUUUCCUUUCAUUUUUUAA